GCGCACUUCAGUCGAGAUUCCGUGUGCGCCAUAUUGGAAUGAUCUGGAUUCAACAGUUCGCUAAGAAACAGCUCACGCAGUGGAACUAUCUCGGUUUCUUUUAGUAUUUCCCGGGAUUUUUAAACUUAUAAUCAGUGUCUCACACAUUCACGUGAGUCUUAUAACUCUCGAGGACGCCUGUCUGCCUUGAGGCGAGAGAGUGUUUGUAAGAUUUGUAACGGCGAAGUUGGAUGGAUCCUCGGGUGGCUUGGAUUCAGCCCGAACAGAAAGGACCUGCCAACGCUUUAUGGAUGCGCGUAUGGGAAACCUCGCAAAGGCGAAACCACUGUCACACACUGCGGGUGCACACACCUGCGUUGGCGGCCGGUUUCAUGAAGCAGUUAACGCUGGUUCCCACCAACACAGUUGUAAAACCUAUUAACAAUUGCACCAAUCAGCCUUGUAAUGAUGGUGGUGCCAUGAGAUCUCCAUACGCAUGUUCUAAACCUGCACCUCCAUAUGUCACCCCUGUUGAGGUCAACGGUUGUGAUUCUUUAUCACCUUUAUCUUCAGGAGAUUCCGAAAGUGACAGUCCGACAUCAGAUUCAUCAUCUACUACUGGUGAUGGUAUGAGGGCAAAUCCAGCCAAACUUCACUUUAACUUCACUGAACAUAUGCACAAUGUCAAUAAUUGUUUACAACAACAUUAUCAGCGGCUACAGACUCAAAUAAUGAUGGAUAACCAGCUUAAAAACCAUGCAGGACUAAGGAAACAUGACAAUAAAGCGAGCACAUAUGGAUUGAACUACUUUCUGUCCCACUCUAAUGACAGUUAUUUAAGUGGGACCCCAUGGGCAACCAGAAGAUACAGUCUAGGUAUUAAUGGCCUGCAUGAGGAGAUUGUGGAUUUUUAUAAUUUCAUGUCCCCACGCCCAGAAGAGGAAGCAAUGAGGAGAGAUGUUGUCAAUCGUAUUGAAGCUGUAAUCAAAAAUCUGUGGCCUACAGCAAAGGUUGAAAUAUUUGGCAGCUUCAGUACAGGACUCUAUCUUCCUACCAGUGAUAUUGACCUGGUGGUGUUUGGAAAAUGGGAACAACCACCUCUGCAGCAGCUGGACCAGGCACUCAGGCAGAAUAAUGUUGCUGAGCCCUUCUCCAUUAAACUACUUGACAAGGCUACGGUACCAAUAAUUAAGCUGACUGACAGAGAGACAGAUGUGAAGGUAGACAUCAGUUUUAAUGUCGAAACUGGUGUCAAAGCAGCUCGGUUUAUUAAGGAUCAUCUUAAGAAAUACUCCGUGUUGCCAUACCUGAUCUUUGUGCUGAAGCAGUUUCUGCUUCAGAGAGAUUUGAACGAGGUGUUUACGGGUGGUAUCAGUUCCUACAGCCUCAUUUUAAUGGCCAUCAGCUUCCUGCAGCUCCAUCCCAGAAUAGACUGUAGAGCUUCUAAUAUUAAUUUGGGCAUCCUACUCAUCGAGUUCUUCGAAUUGUAUGGACGGCAUUUUAACUAUCUGAAAACAGGCAUCCGUGUGAAGGAUGGAGGAGCGUAUCUGGCCAAAGAGGAGAUUAUGAAGGUCAUGGAGAAUAGAUACAGACCCUCAAUGCUCUGUAUUGAGGACCCAAACUUACCAGGAAAUGAUGUUGGCCGGAGCUCUUAUGGUGCCAUGCAGGUGAAAGAGGUGUUUAACUAUGCAUACCUCGUCUUGAGUCAUGCUGUAUCUCCACUAUCGCGCUCCUACCCCAACAGAAAUAUGGAAAGCACAUUGGGACGCGUCAUUAAAGUGACCCAGGAAGUAAUUAGCUACAGGGAGUGGAUCAUUCAGCAGUGGGGAAACAGACACAAUGCCAAGAUGGUUGACAUUAAAAUCCAGAAUGGUGUAGAAGACUUGGAGCAGACCUCAAGUGAGGAGCAGCAGAGAGACUCCUCAUCACCGCACAGUGCAGGCUCACCUGUGUCCCUAUCCAGCCUUCAGCAGCACUCUUCAUCAUCUUCCUCAUCUUCCUCUGUGUCCUCGCUGUCUGGGAGUGAUAUUGAUUCUGACACACCGUGCAAAGCUUCAGUUCUUCAUGAUGCAUCUGGAACUUUCCUGCACUCCAGAAGUCAGUCACACCCAUUACCCAGCAAACAAUGUAUGGAUGUAUGUUUGACUCUUAUGAAUGGAGUACUCCACAUGUCACCUGUUUACUCCAGCUCAAUACCCAUCCAGAGUCACUACACUAAUAAUGGCCAGAGGUUCAAGGGGCCUCCACACAUUAAUUGUUUAGAGCGUAACACCGUGCCUGUCCCCAGAGGACAUCAUCCUCAGUAUGGCCGUAAUGGCUGGCGUCGGCAUCGAAGGGACACUGUUCCCAUGAGCCUCAGCAGAUAGUGCCAACCACUUGUCUACCGCUUCCACUUCUGCCCAAGACAAAGAAUGUGGGCCACAGACCUUUGGUUUCAUAGGUCAAAGGUAACAUUUCUGCUUAAGAUGGGCGCUGACUGAAAUUGCACUUUUGAUUUGUUUUGUCCAGUGCUCUUCCUGUGACUACACAUUUAAAUGUUUUUCAAUUGUACUUUUUUUUUUUUUUUUUUUUUUUUUUUUUUUUUUUGUAUGACAAUGUCUGAUACCUUUUAUGUUUUCUGAUACCUUUAGUUAAUUUUUCAUCUCUUGUUAUUGCUUUUCAGAAUAUUUUUGAUAACAGAAGUCUUGUUGCAGUACCGCUAGGCUGUGAUUGCUUUUGUAUUGUAAAUCUUUAUGUACAAUACUAUGUUUGUGCAAUAUAUAUUUUUUUAAAUUUGAUUUUAGUUCAAUUUUAAUUUUCUUGAAUUGAAUGUAAAUUGACAUUAUACUAUGGAUCACAUAUGGUAUUUUAAAAUGUUCAAAUCCAUAUCACAACCAGUUUUAUUGUUGGGAUUGUGGUUUUGUGCAUGUUAAAAUCUUGUGUGUACUACAUACUAAUUGCUCAUCUGUUGGCCUUUCAGACAUGCACUUAAGAUUGUGCCAGCAAAUGGGUUUAGUGCUUGAUCAUUUGCUCUGUUUCAAAAUCAUCUCCCCCCCUCAGACUUGUAUACUGCCAUUCAUGGUGAAUGACUUGAAUAUGCACUGUCUUAGGUUAACCAAUUAGUGUUCUUUGUUGUCUGUUGUCUGAUCUCCUGAUUAAGGACAUACUAUUUUUUUUUUUUUCUUCUUUUUUUUUUCUACAAUUUAAUGGGUUUUUAAUCGGUUCCAUAUUUUCUUGCAUUUGACAUCUUUUCCCCACCCUCAGAUGCAUGUAACGGUCUAAAUGUAGUCCUCUUGGACUUUUUAUUCUGCCACCAGAUGGCGACUCUGCACCCACCAAGUAUCUUUUAUUUUAUAUAUUUAUUUUUGCCAUGAAGCUCACUAUGCUUGUACAAAACAUUUCAUGCAAAACAUUUUUUGUUUUUGAUUUGGCACUUAAUACAUUCUUGCAUUAAAACUGAUCAUAGUUUCUAAGGCCUCUCUGAUCAAAACCUCUCUGAUCCCAUUUUGACCAUUUUCAGUAUGAUCCCGAAGCCAACUCUUAAUUUUGCUAUAUGUGCUGAAAAUGUUGGAGGCUUUAUCACCAGAGAGGUUUAUUGUUACAUGUGUCUUGAAAGGGGAGAGAUACCAAUGUACCAAUGCAGUGAUUUAAAUCAAGAAAUCAAACACUAAAGGAUCUACAAAGAAAGUCUUUUCACCUGAAUGCAGGUGAUGUUUGAAUGUAAUGUCUGAUGUGGUAAAUUUAAGACUUUUUUUCCAAUAUACAUUUUUAUGUAUGUUUUGUACUCAAGUUAUUUUUAAAAUAAACAUCUUAAACUGCU